CAGGAAAAGAAGGGAAGAAGGAAGAAGAGGGAAGAAGAGAGGGAGGAGGAGGGAGGUGGCGGCGCCGUGGCGGAGGAGCAGGAGCAGGAGGGGGAUGGAGAGAAGGCUCCUGGGUGGUAUGGCGCUCCUGCUCCUCCAGGCGCUGCCCAGCCCCCUGUCAGUCAGGGCUGAACCCCCGCAGGAUAAGGAAGCCUGUGUGGGUACCAACAAUCAAAGUUACAUCUGUGACACAGGACACUGCUGUGGACAGUCUCAGUGCUGCAACUACUACUAUGAACUCUGGUGGUUCUGGCUGGUGUGGACCAUCAUCAUCAUCCUGAGCUGCUGCUGUGUCUGCCACCACCGUCGAGCCAAGCACCGCCUUCAGGCCCAGCAGCGGCAACAUGAAAUCAACCUGAUUGCCUACCGGGAAGCCCACAAUUACUCAGCGCUGCCAUUUUAUUUCAGGUUUUUGCCAAACUAUUUACUACCUCCCUAUGAGGAAGUGGUGAACCGACCUCCAACUCCUCCCCCACCAUACAGUGCCUUCCAGCUACAGCAGCAGCAGCAGCUGCCUCCUCAGUGUGGCCCUGCAGGUGGCAGCCCUCUGGGUGCCGAUUCCACCAGGGGUUUGCAGGGGAUGCAGAGCAGCCCCUUGUCUGGGCCCAGCAGAAGCAGCACAAGACCCCCAAGCAUCGCUGAUCCUGAGCCCUCUGACGUGCCAGCUGACCAAGCAGCCACAAAAGCCCCUGGAAUGGAGCCCAGUGGCUCGGUGGCCGGCCUGGGGGAGCUAGAUCCAGGGGCCUUCCUGGACAAGGAUUCAGAAUGUAAGGAGGAGCUACUGAAAGAUUCCAGCUCUGAGCACGGCAGUGUACUCCCUGAUAGCAAAGACAAGACGCCUGGCAGACAUCGCCGAUUCACAGGUGACUCGGGCAUUGAGGUGUGUGUGUGCAACCGGGGCCACCAUGACGAUGACCUUAAGGAGUUCAACACGCUCAUUGAUGAUGCUCUGGAUGGGCCCCUGGACUUCUGUGACAGCUGCCAUGUGAGGCCUCCUGGUGACGAGGAGGAAGGACUCUGCCAGCCCUCUGAGGAGCAAGCGCAAGAGCCUGGACAUGCCCACCUGCCGCGGCCACCCGCAUGCCUGCUGCUCAACACCAUCAAUGAGCAGGACUCGCCAAACUCCCAGAGCAGCAGCUCCCCCAGCUAGAGUAGGCCCUGCCUGCACCCAGGAACUUGGCAGAGCAACCAGGGUAAGGGAGACCCACAAGAGAAGCAUUAAGUGACUUUCAGAGGAAGUGGUACAGCCACUUUUUUUUCCUUCUCCUCUCCUGCUUUUUCAUACAUCUCCAAGUACAGCUUGGGGUGCGGAUGCCUCUCUCCCACAGAAGCACAGUGUUGUGGAGGGCUGAGAAGUUGGUUCCAUGACUCAUUCCUCAUCCCCACUCCAUCCCCUUCUUCCCCCUUUUCAAGUCAUGUCUCACCUACCUGCUUUGGUCAGAGAUGUGUUUUAAAAGCCCCCAAAGAAGGGGACCGGGACUGUGCCCUGAGAUGAUUCUUGGUGAUGUAGUGGAUUUAUCCUCUGGUUUUAGUUUAAGAGAACUUUGUUGUGUCGCAGUCCAGGAGAGGCAACCCAUCUUGGCCCUGGGUGAAGAAGGAAGCCCACAGAGGCCUGGGGUUUGUCAGGUGUGGCUGCCAGUGACUGCACAGCCAGGAUUGAGCUAAUUCUAUGGGAGGAUGAGAGCUGAUGGACAGGUUGGUAGGAGGCUUGUUGAUCUAUCAAAUUCCAGGUGACAAGAACAAUGUACCACUGUGCAUCCUGGAGGGGCCCCUUCCUUCCCAGCAGGCUCAGGUGUGGAAGUGUAGACUAGACUGCCUUCUCUUUGGUUUUUCUUUUUAAAAACCAACAACAAAAGCCAGCUAGAAACAAGAACCUUACCAGUGGACUUGCAAGAAUUCUCUUCUGGACAAGGGAAGUUUGUGCUCUUUCCCAGGUUGGCCUUCCAAGAGCAUGGCUGCAGUUGAGCCAGAAGGCAAUAUUUGUGUGUGGGCUUGGGGUGGGUUAGCUCUGAGCAGUAGGCCCUAAAUCUGGGAGUGGAGAUAAGUGCAGCUUCCUGCAUCUCUGCCCUUGGUCUGUGCCCACACUUGACCAGUGUCCUCGUCCAUCCCAAGCACAUGGUCUGCAGGACUUGGUAUCUCCUUACACUCUAGAACAGAUGGUCUGAGGAAGCUGUGGGUCCUGGGAAAGGCAGCCCUAUAGCCUGGCUCUCACACAGUAUUUUCUCUUUGAUUCUGAAUAAGUCUUUUGUUGUUGUUGUUGUUGUGUGUUUGAUUGUUUGUUUUAAACUGACCACUUAGAAGAAAUCCUUUGGUUAUCUGUGGUUCUUAUGCUCUGUCCCUGUCCCUAGCCCAUUGGGGUGGGGUGACUCACUUUUCUACAACCUAUGUAAGGAGUCUCUGGCCCAGGUGGGAUGGUGGAGGCACCCUCCAGAAGGACCACAGGAUCCUUAUUAAUGUCGUCUGGUUUUGGACAACCAGUUGAGCUUUGAUAGGACAACUCUGAAAGGAGAAAGCGAUCAGCUGCAACUAACAUUCCCCAUCCAUCCCUGUUCACAUGAUGAGUUUGGUUCUUCCCCACUUUUUAAUGAUGAUAGUCAGACUAGGCAUUGAUGUUAUAGUAAAAAAGGAAAAAAAAAAAAAAAAAAUAUAUAUAUAUAUAUAUAAA